AUGGGCGACUGGUUGCGGUGGAAGCGGGAGGGAGGAGAGGCGGCGGAGAGGGAGUGUAUGCGGCAGCGCGGGUGGUUCUACGCGGGAAUUGCGGAGGAAACGUGCGACUUGAGCGCGCUCCGCGCUGCUCAGGCGGCUUCCCCGUGGGUCGCGGCGGAAGGUGCGGCCGCUGCUGACGUGGACGGCAGCGGAGGUGGCAUACUCGUGCUGCGUGACGUGUACGUCAACGCUCAGGGCCUGGUGUUCAACAAAAGCCACGUGUUCGUCGUUGAUAGGUGCGGAUCCGGCCAAUGGAAGCAGCAACAACCGCAGCAGCAGCAGGUGAAAGUUCCCUCCUACCCACCUGGAACCAGAGUCACUGUUCACCCCCACCUGAUAAAUCUCCUGCCGUACGAAGGCCACGAGGAAGAAGAGGAAGAGGAUGAGGAGCAAACAGGAGGGAGUAAUUCCAGCCCAAACGGCGGCAAUCCCGAGGGGCGGGAGUGGGUGGCACAGGCGCGGCUGCACAACAGCAAGGAGCGGCUGGUAGCGCGGCUGCUGCCCGCGCUCUUCCUGCUCUCCUCCGCCCUCAUGCCCGCCGCCCGCCGCUUCCCUCUGCUGCUCGCCGACCGCCACGUGCUCUUCCACCUGGGCCUGGGGGUCUUCGGUACGGACCUCUCGUCCCUCGCCAUCUCACCCGAGUCUCCUUUGCUCGGCGACAGCCGUGAUCACCUCUUCUUCGCCAAGCAGCUCUACGUGCCCAUCCACGUCAGCAGUCUCUGCGGCCUCUCUGCCGCCGGCCGCCCGUCCCGCCCUGACGCGCUCUGGCUCGCACUGCGGGCCAACCACCUGCUGCCACGUGGCGGCCUGCCCAUCCUCAACCCCGAUUGGACGCCCAACCCGCCCGCCCCUUAUAAAGCCCGCGCGCUCUUCUCCCGCGCGCUGCUGCUUGUGGGUCCCACCUCGCCUGCGCUCUCAAAUCUCAUCUUCCUGCCGUUCAAUGCAACUGUGAUUGAGAUUCUCCCCUACUCUGCCCCGCAGUCCACCACAGCCACGUAUCCUUUCCUACCAACCACCAACAUUUCCUCCCCUUCCUCCUCCUCCUCAUCAUCAUCAGCACCUCUUCCCUUCGGUAUCCAAGCGUCGGUCGUCAGCCAACAGGACUCCGCCACGUGGCACUACCGCCUUGCAGAGCGGGCGGGCGUGCGGCACUUUUUGUCCGCUUGCGACCCGGGCUGGAUCAAGCGCGAGCUAGGGGAGCAGUGCCACGUCAGCGAGGUGUACAGCAUUGUCAUGACAGCUGUCAAAGGGGGGGUGGCGUACGCAGAAGCAGACGAAAUAGCGAGGCAGGGCGGGCGGGACGCGGAGAAGCGGUGGCGGGUGAGGGAGGAGUUGAAGUAUGAGUGGGUGGUGCCGAGGGGGCGAUGCCCUGCUGUUGCUGCUGGGGCGUUUGGGUCAGUGCUUGGGCCAGAGAGACCUUUGAAGCAGCAGCAGGACCCAAAAACGCUCCCUUUUGGGUGGGGGCAAUUUAAGCGUCAGAAUGAGCUGCUGAGAGGGGUGGUGGAGGAGAUGGGAGCUGUGUUUAUGGACAUUGAGCCUAUGACUGCGCUCAGACCAGACGGGCACAGGGGAAGGAUCACGGAGCAGAAGACUGACUGCUUGCACUACUGCUCGCCAGGCCCUGAGGAUGCCUGGAGCGAGUUCCUGUAUAACAUUAUUCAGAGAAUAGUGCCCGAGUACUAG